AAAGGAGAGGUCUACGCAUGUAGUUUUGUAUCACUGGUUGUUUGCUGCAUCACCAUGACUCUUACAGUCUCACCACUGAUGCUAGUGUGCAGCCUAUCUCCGGUCCAUGGGCCUGGUUUCUCCGGUCCUGCACCGAUAUGUCGCGGGUUUACUCCGCAGAUGGGAUCUAGUUAAGGGCAGUGGAUAUUCAAUGCCUGGUGGUUCUUCCGAGAAUGCACCGUGCUCGAGUCGUACUGCAUCAAGAAGUGUUAUGUGCGCGCUCCCUCAUAGACGCAGGUGGGCCUACACCAUGUGGCAGCCCCUGCAUCAACUUCGGCACCUCCGUGAAGUCCUCUAACAGCAACAAACCCCGAGAUCAAUUUGCCGUCAAUUCGCCGAGGAUUGAGCGGUCUGCGGUGCUCAGCCGGCACGGUCUCUCAACGCCCGUCGCUCCGGGAGCUAUAGCUCACUUGUAUGUAAUGAGAAUGCUGGAAUUGUGGGGGUGGGCCGGGUUGCGGUUCCGGACUCUCCAGAGAUCGGCCGGCGGCCAGCGGCCUGGUAGACGUUGGAGCGCCCGUGGGCCGUGGGGGUGUAUUAGUUUGGAAAUAAAGCCGAUCAGAAACGGAUUCUGGCGAGAGAAAGGGUUGUGCUUGCGGGUUGCUCGGAUAAUUCGUUGGGGAUGGGGCGGUGGUGGGCAAAGAAUGAGCGGUGCGGGCGCUUGGAUGUAGGCGGCGGGUGUGGUGACAUGGGGAUGUGUCGGGUGAAUGACGGAGCUCCGACUCGGCAUGAAAUGUACCUCACGGCGGGUUGGUGAGCGGGCUGUACAAGAG